AUGCAGAAGCCGUUGUCGACGCUGCAAGAGCAGCAACCUUUCGGAAGUGAGUGGCAACCCUCAGAUGUGAAAAGGAAUACCCCAAGCAAGGUGAAGAGAUGUGGCAAGGUAGUCACGAGUAGAAAAAAUGUCGGGAAAGGGGCUGGGAAAGAACUUAGCCCUGAGGAACGAGUAGAGGCUAUCAAACGUAUUAAAGGUGCGAAGAGCAAGAUUAAUAUGGCAGAGCUGCGUCAAAAUAUGCUCCGCAAGCGAUUUCAACUCUUUGACGAACUAAAUACUCUCCCCACAGAUGACGUCCCAAUCGUGAUUGAGUUGCAACAAAGCCUGCGGUCCGCGAGGAUUAGUGAAGCUGCUCCUGUGGAUUUACCGGAGGGGUCACCAACAGUGCGUCCAAAAUCAAGAUUUAUCGAGGACAUUGCUGCUGUAUUUGAGAUGCACUCUGCUGGUGGUGUUAAGAUUGCGCUUGAAGAACUCGAGGAUGCUGCUUCACUAUUGUGUCAAUAUAAACUUUCAAACUAUGGCCUUUACUGA